AGCAAAUGAAGAAGUCUGUUUGAUACAGUCCUGCUAACUGAGAACAAGUUAUCUCAGCAACACACGCUAAACGCCGCCUCCCUCUGUACAGCAGAUCUACACUUGAAGGAUUGUUAGCAGAGUCUUGUUACUGUAUUCCACAUUAAAUACCGGUUCCAGAAUGUUCUCCACAACAUCUGACUCACUGUUCGGGAGCGUGGCGGAGGAGUCCAGAUCUCUCUUUGGAGCUUCAGAAAGUAACGAGCUGAGAGCAGCUAAACCCAACCACAGGUACGGAGCAGUUAACACAGUAGACACAAAGUGGCUAACUAGUCCAGAGAAGUGCUUACAACACAAGAUAUCCCCCACUGACACACUUCAAGGUAUUUCAGUAAAAUAUUCAGUGCCCACGGAACUCAUUAAAACAGUUAAUAAGAUGUGGUACCAGGAUCAACUAUUCCUCAGAGACAUGCUGCUGAUACCAGUACCAAACAUUCCCUCAAAACAGCGUAAUGGUCAUCACGUGAGUCCGUCAUCAAACCACGUGACUUCACCUAAUCACGUGACUCAUCCCAUACCUAAUAAUGACAGAGGAUCACAAGUAGCCGCUUCUAUUGACGCUACUACCCCAACUGCCUCCGACCCUAGUCCCAUAUCCCGCGCGGCGUGCACGUCCCCCGACGAAGACAAACAGCUUGACAGUCUCUUCUCACGGUUUGAUCACGUGAUGCAGGCCACGCGUGAGUCCACCACCAAACUCAGAUCAAACUCUAAUCUAGACUUCUCGCCUCAGCUCGCUAACGUUACCAAUCUUACCAGUGUAUAAACUAAAUGUGUUCCACCUCUUGUAGUUUUGAGAUCUGCCUCGACAGUGAGUAUCGUCGAGCCUGGACCACACGGCUCUAGAACGGCCGUGCGAACCCGCUACAAACGCGGACGACGCGACUUCUACACGGAUGACGAACUACCGGCCAGCUCUUCAGACGAAAUAUUUCUGUUGUAAGAAAAAAAAGCGGGAAAAAAGAACUUGGAUUGAGAAUUUUUUGAAAUGUGCUCGGCAACAGUUUAAAUGUAAAAACUGCAAUCACGUGGUGAUAAAUCGGGGGAAAUAUAAAGUUUUAAUUUUCUCAUAAAUUCUUGGAGAUUUUGUACUGACAUUACUCGAAAGUUUAUUAUGCUUUGAUUGUUUUAUAAUUAGUCAUUUAAUUUAUUCAUAUAUGUGUGUAAUUGUCGUGAAUUUGAUUAGGUGUAAUUAGAAAUUGAUCCAGAAAUUAACCAACAAAUUUACAGUUUGAACUCCCAAAAGAUUUAGAUUUCCCAAUUUACUUUUUUAGUGUACAGGAUUAAAAGAUAUUACUUCUUGAUAAAUACUGAAUUGUUAAAAUUUAUCGUUGCCGAAAAAAAUCAACAACAAACAGUUUUCCAUACACAUUGUGCAGUGCGCAUACUCAAAAGUGAAAAAAUUUGCAGACAUUAUUGAACAGUUUAAAUUCUUUGUUUAAAGGUGCAUGAAUCUUUAAUGUAAUGCAUGAAUCUGUGACCCGUGAAAAUGUAUUUGUGGUACUGUACCAAUGCCUUAGAAUUCAUAUUUCAUAAUCUGGGAUCUUCUAUUCUAUUGCUUCUGCUUUAGUGUCUCUCAUUUCAGUUAGAUAAAAUGUAAACUGGAUAUUGUUACAGAUAUUACUACUGUCACGUGAUACGUCCUGUGCCAUGAAGUUUAUUUUAAAUGAGUAGAUGAGAAGUAAAAAUAUACUGAUUUCAAAUUUCAAGUUAAAUUAAGCGGAGUUUAAAAACAUAAUGUUAAAUGGUUGCAUCAAGUCUUGAAUAUCUCUUAACUGCUUGGCUUUAGUGUUUUGGUGUAAAUUGUAAUCUAGAUCCGUGGAUAGAUAAUUGUUCGUUUUCAUAAA